AUGGCGUCUAAGCCCUUCACCUUUUACGUAAUUCUUUUCUUGACACCCCUCAUAACUCUCAACAUCCAAUACCUCAGACACCUGCAUGCAAACGUCCCAAAUGCACCAAUCUACCCUAAACCAGCCAUGAACCCCAGUUGGUUCGAGUUCGUUGCACGAGAGUUAGGAGAUGAUAACAUCAACAUUGCAUUGGUGAACAUGGACGAGACGACGAUGACAGACAAGGACGUUCCCACCAAAGGGAAGAUCGUUACGGUGGAUUUCCGCCCCGUGGACAAGGCCACACAGUGGUCCAACUUGUACCCAGUGUGGAUCGUCGAGAACUCUGCCAAGUGCCCCAAGAUACCGAUGCCGAUGUUCGAAAACUAUGAGGACCUCGAUGUGGUGGUUGCUAGGGUUCCUUCUAAUGAAUGUGUAGAGGUUGCAGUGAGGGAUGUGUUUAGAUUACAAGUAAACUUGGUGGUAGCUAAUUUGUUAGUGAGGUGUGGGAGACUGGAAAGUGGGGUUAAAAAAAGACCAAUUUUUGCAGUGUUUAUUGGGUCAAGUGGGCCUAUGUGGGAGAUAUUUAGAUGCGAUGAUCUUGUGUUACACGAUGCUGAUUCUUGGAUUUACAAACCUCAACUAACGAGGAUGAAACAGAUAGUGCUCAUGCCUGUCGGAACGUGCCAACUCAACCCUCCAUCAGCACACUUUGGCGAAGAAUUAUGGAUGCAAACCGAGGAUGAGAGGAUCAUGAAGCAACCAAGAGAGGCAUAUUCUAGUAUCCUACACUCUUCGGAAAGAUAUGUAUGCGGAGCAAUAGCUCUAGCGCAGAGCAUCAUCCAAUCAAACACAACAAAAGACCUCGUCUUGCUAGUCGAUGAUCAUCACGUCUCUCCCAAAUCCAUCGACGACCUCAGAUCAGCCGGUUGGAAGAUCAGGCGAAUCCAACGGAUACGGAACCCUCACUCCAUCAAAAACUCGUACAACGAGUGGAACUACAGCAAGCUCCGCCUCUGGCAACUCGUGGAGUACGACAAAGUCAUGUUCAUCGACUCCGAUUUCAUCGUCACCAGAAGCCUGGACGAGUUCUUCAUAUACCCAGGGAUCUCCGCCAAGGGAAACAACGAAUACCGUUUCAACUCGGGGCUGAUGCUUCUAGAACCUUCGCUGUGCACGUUUAAGACCCUGAUGGAGAGGAGGUGGUUGGUGAGGUCGUACAACGGCGGCGAUCAAGGGUUUCUGAAUGAGAUGUUCCCGUGGUGGCACCGCCUCCCCAACAAGAUCAACCAUCUCACCUACUUUGAAUCAAAUAUUGGUGAUAAUAAAGAUCAUACGGUGCCCAAUGAUGCAUACGCGAUCCACUACCUUGGGUUGAAACCCUGGUGGUGCUACAGAGACUACGAUUGCAACUGGGAUAUACCGGAAAGACAAAAAUUCGCCAGUGACUCCGCCAACACAAUUUGGUGGGAUGCUUACGACAAGAUGCCUCAGAAUUUGAGAAGGCAUUGCUUUUUGACACCCACGAUGCAUACCAGCAAUAGAGAAAAUAGAAACAAAGCCGAAGAAGCUAACUUACCUGAUGGGCAUUGGAGGAUCAAGAUAAAAGACCCCAGACUCAAGAAUGUAUUGUGA